UCCACAACAACCCAAUUCCACCAUGCCGCCGAAACCACCCCUCAAUUGGGGCAUAUUACCCCCAACCUUCCUCCUCCCAUCCUCCACGCGGUCCCUCCUCCCGCAAAUCGCCGCCUCAUACGUCCCCACGCCCGCCCUCUCAACCUCAACACUUCCACCCGCAUCCUACACCUACACCUCGAUCCGCACCGUCAUGAAAUUCAAAUCCACGCAAGAGCCACGCGCCUCACGCUUCAACCACCUCUCUGACAAAACUCCCCCCCUCGAAGCCACCUCGACCGCCGCCCUCGAGCGCAAAGCCCACAGCACCCCCCUCCGCACCGGCCUCUUCGGCAUCAAGCGCGGCAUGAGCGGCGUGUACGACCCGGAAACGGGAAAACGAACACCAUGCACGAUCCUCCAGUUCGACCGCAACGAGGUGCUCAUGCACAAGACGCGCGACAAGCACGGGUACUGGGCGGUACAGAUCGGGGCAGGGAGCAAGGACGUGGGCAACACGACGAGGCCGAUGCUGGGCCAUUUUGCGGUUGCGCGGGUGGGGCCCAAGAGGUGGGUGGGCGAGUUCAAGGUGAGGGGCCAGGAAGGGUUGGGCGUGUUGCCGGGGGAGAUGAUUGGGGCGAGUUGGUUUCGCGAGGGGCAGUGGGUGGAUGUUCAGGGCGUGAGUCGGGGAAUGGGGUUUGCGGGUGGAAUGAAACGCCACGGCUUCGGCGGCCAACCCGCUUCCCACGGUCAAUCGCUCAUGCACCGCGGCAUGGGUUCCGCAGGCGGUAGUCAAGGCUCCGGUUCGCGCGUGCACCCGGGCAAGCGCAUGCCCGGGCGCAUGGGCAACGAGCACGUAACGGUCAAGAACCUCAAGGUGCUGCAGGUCGACGAGGCGAAUGGGAUUGUUGUUGUUCACGGCUGCGUCCCCGGCCCAAAGAACCAGGUCGUUCGCGUCCAAGAUGCCAUUGGCAAGCCCUUCCCUACGAGCCCCAUGACGCUUGCAGAAGUGGUGCCCAGCUCGAUUACGCCCCCGCCCGAAGGACAUCCCGCGAAGACGGUGCCGGUGCCCUUGUAAGAUCUUUUAGGAUUAUCUUGAGCUCUGGGAUUUGUAUAAGAGUAUAAGAGAAGAGAUAGACGGCGUUGGAGUUACCGCUGUAAGAGGAUAGAGAGAAGGUGCUCCUGGGGUCAUUAGAGGGCUGUUUCGAGAUAGCGACAGAGGCGGGAAUUGUAGGGAGAAGCAGCGAGUUUUGGACAGGGCGAGGAGAGGAGAGGGAAAUGAGAAGUGUAUGAUAUAUCCGGCAUACAUGGCCGGCAUCGCGUUUUUCUCUUGGUCUGUCUGUACAUGGAUUGCAUCGCUGAUGGCUAGAUUCGAAGAAAGAAAGAAGGAAUGAGUGUGUCCAUGUGGCAGGGCAGUGGUUCCAUCCUGUCUCAUUGUAUAUUUAGUUACCACGUGGAAGCGGUAGACCUGGUUAGAGUAAAUACCAUAGUAGAGCAGGCGAAAUCAUGAGAAGACCAACUCAUAGCGGAAUCACCAACCUCUCAAAGUGGAUUUCACAACCAUAAACGCC